UUUUGGAUUGAGAGAACGAAGAACAUAGAUGGGUGUUGAGGAUGUUCCUCUGUCUCAUCCUUCCUGGAUUUUUUGGCUUGAAAUGGGCUCAUGCCUAUCAGAUUUGUCUCUUCGAGGCAAGUUUGAAUUGAAGAAGAAUAGCAAGAAAUUGACUGCUUGAUUCGAAAGAGCUAAAAAAAAAAAAUGGCUUCUUCGCAAGUCCAAAUGGCCUCAGGCCAUUUAGGCUGUGUUCUCAAGGAUCACAAUUGGCGUCAAACAGACAAAGAAAGAGAAAGCAACGACAACGUUCGAACACAGCAGCAGGUUUCGCUCGAGAAGAAUCUCAAAGACUUUGUCAGGGAUAACUUCAACUCUUGCAUUGCCCUCUCUGGCUCCAGAGAUUCCGUCUCUGCUUUCGAUGAAAAUUCUGAGAAUCGAAUUGACAAUCCGGAGAAACACGACCACAAUUUUAGAGCUCCCGGCAGAAAAGGGGAAGAAGCGCGGGUUAGUGAUGAGUCUUUACCCUUGGCGAUGAAGCAAUCAAGGAUACUUGAUCGAUGGGCUACUCGUGAGGCGAGGGAGAUGGACAUAACCAUAGAGAGGCGGACCCAUGAAGCAGAGCUCUUGGCCCUCUCCAAUUCUCACCCUGUUUCAACGGUGGCAUCAUCGUUCCUCGCAGAGAGCCCUCACGCUCCAUCGGAGAGCUCCGUGGAUCUUCCCAAUCUGCACACUUCUUCCCUUCUUCAGAUGUGGAGAGAGUUUGAGGCAGAAACAAAGCCGACAUCCGGGAACCACAGCAGCUUUAAUUCGAAUUCAACGAUUUCCAGUGGCGGCGGGCUCGAUUCUGGAACAAGCAAUCUUGAGAAUGCCUCCUAUGUGGAUGACCCAUCACCACGCUCUGAAGUUUGCGACUCUGGAGAUGAAACAUAUGAGACUCCAGCGGCUCUCGAAGAUUCGUUUACAGAUUGGGAGUCCGAACAGAACACUGCGAGUGAACAGCUUUCUUCAUCACAGGGACGUGUUUCGGAUGUUGGGAGGGUCUCUGAAGUUGGAGAAAGGGAGAGACUCAGGGUUUCAGAUAUCAUUAGAAAACUGAGUUCAGGGAAACCAAUAGAAGCAAACAGUUCAAUGACCCCAUCGAGCGAUGAACAUGAUCAAGAGCAGCCCACGGUGAUUGACCCUGUAGUACCGGAACAAGGAGGAGAACAGAAGGGCUUCCUAAAUGCUGGCUUCCUGAAUGUUGGCAAGUGUCCCCGUGUCAGAGGGAGGCAAGCGAUGAUGGAUUUGCUCAUACAAAUGGAACGUGAAAGGCAGAGGGAGCUCAAUGAACUGGUGGAACGCCGAGCAGUAUCCCGAUUUGCACAUCGGGGUCGAAUCCAGUCCAUUCUUAAGCUCAGAUUCCUACAACGGGACGUUGCAGCUCUUAAUAAACAGAGUCCAGCUUCAGCGGCAUCUGAACUGGGUAGAUUAAAGCAGGGAACUAGCAUAUUGGCACUAAGGCGGAAAUUUAGUCCUAAUCGAGAUGCUGAGGAGAUCCCUGGUGGAGAAUCUGGAGAUAACUCAAACUUUCAUACACAGCUACCAGAUAACACCACAGGUUCAGAACAUUCUGGUGCUUCUAAUCUGGUCAUUAAUGAAGAAGUUCAUCAUCAGGAGCCAUCUAGAAUUGAGCAAGAAAGCACAUCCCCAAUGUACCAGUCGAUGCCUUCUAUUAAUGAAGAUCUGCAAGAAGCAGCAAGUCAGAGUUCAGAUUAUGCACGGCAUGGAACAUGCUUAGCGGUUAGCGAUCUUGCCCAGGAAAGAAGUAUGAACAAUUUGACAGCCUCAAAUGAUUCUGAAGGAAAUGGAUUAACAGAAGAACCAAUGCUGGAUACUGAGCAGCUUGUUGGAUCCACUGAUGGAACCUGGCUAGGUGAUGUUUCUCAACCGCAAAGAGACUGGAGAGGUUCCAUGCAAUCAUGGUACCAGGACUUGCUUCCAAAUAAUUCAGAAGAUGGGGAAAGCAAUGUAAUAACAGAUUUACAAGAACCUGGUAUGCUGCUGCAGUUUGUAGGAUCCACAAAUGGAAAUUGGUUUGGUGAUGUUUCUAGCAUACAAAGUGGUUGGACACAUUCUAGGCAAGCAUGGUACGAGGAUGUGCUUGAUAACAACUCUGAAGUCAGGGAGAGGGUUUCAGUAACAGAAGAACCAGAAUCUGAUAUGCUGCAGCGUGCAGGGUCUGCUGAUGGAACCUGGCUAACUGGUGGUCUUCACCUACAAAUGGAUUGGAGAGGGCAGUCAUGGUACCAAAAUGUGCUUGAGAAUAAUUCGGAGGAUGGAGAAGGGAAUGUAGUAACAGAUGAACCAGAUCUUGUUACUGAGCAGCUUGAAGGAUCUACUGAUGGAACCUGGCUAGGUGAUGUUUCUCGCCCAGCUAGAGAUUGGAGGCGUUCCAGGGAAGAGUGGUGCCAGGAAAUGCUUGAGAACAGUUCUGAAAAUGGGGAAAUUCGAGAGCUUCUUCAGAGAAGAAGUGUAUCAAAUUUCCUUUCCAGUGACUUGAGGGAGACUAUGGACCAAAUGAUCAUGUCUUGCAUACGAAGACAAAGGCAUCAAUCAGAAAGCAUAGGAGGAGAAGAGAAUCUUUUUGAGCAUCCAUAUCCAGAAGCAAGUGGUACUUCUGAUCAUUUUUCAUCUACGUCGUUCAGCCUACCUUUGUCUAUGUCAUACAACCUCCCUUUACCAUAUCAGCUGAGAUCGCGGAAUUGGUAUCAAGAUCAUGAACCCAGGGAUGAUUCUGAACAAGUUGCAUCUACAUCACUACAACCAUCUGAAUAUCAGAGUCGAGACAAUCUGCAGUCCGCUAUGAAUCAUCCUUCUCUUGAAAUGGAUCUCAUAUCUGAUUUGAGAGGGCAUAUGGUACGGCUUCAUAAUGAGAUAUAUGAACUGCGAAAAUCAAUGGAGAGCUGCAUGGAGAUGCAGAACAAGUUACAACACUCCAUUAAGAAGGAGGUAUCUGCUGCCGUUAACCGUUCAGCUCAUGGUGGAGAUGCAACAGAAAUGCUCAAUUGGGUACCACCAAUGACAAAUGGAAAGUGUUGUAUCUGCUGUGAAAUGCAGGUUGACUCACUUUUAUACAGAUGUGGGCACAUGUGCACCUGUUUCAAGUGUGCACAUGAGUUGCAGUGGAGUAGUGGGAAAUGUCCAAUUUGCCGAGCUCCGAUAUUAGAUGUUGUGCGGGCGUACUCCAACACCUAGAGUAUUGGUGAACAGGUUCUUGGUCUAUAGAACUCACAUUUUAUUUUUUACAAAAUUUAAUCUAAUUAAGCCUGAGUCAGAUAAUGGAUGGUGAGUUAUUAAGCAGCCAGUUUAACAUAUAAUGGUGUGUUUAACGCUGGCUUGAUUUUUUUAUUUUUUUUCUGUACAGUGCUAAAUAUUGGCAAAAGGAUUUUCUCCCUGCAAAAGCACAUAGAUACCAUGUUUGUGGAGUUUAAGAAUAAAUGGAACUGCAAACAUUGUUUGUUGAGUUUGAGAA